GUACAAUGGGAAUGCAUUAACCCCAAGUACAAAGCAAAGAAGAAGAAUUACAAGAACUCAGGCAUUGUCAUCCUUAACCAGUGCAAGAUCCACAAGAUGCAUUCUUUCUUAGAUUAUAUCAUGGGAGGCUGCCAGAUACAGUUUACAGUAGCUAUAGAUUUCACUGCAUCAAAUGGUGAUCCUAGGAACAGCUGCUCACUGCACUACAUCCACCCCUAUCAACCCAAUGAGUACUUGAAAGCCUUGGUAGCUGUUGGGGAGAUUUGCCAAGACUAUGACAGUGACAAAAUGUUCCCAGCCUUUGGAUUUGGAGCAAGGAUACCCCCAGAAUACAAAGUCUCUCAUGAUUUCGCAAUCAAUUUCAAUGAAGACAACCCAGAAUGUGCAGGAAUACAAGGUGUUGUGGAGGCUUAUCAGAGCUGCCUUCCCAAGCUGCAGCUGUAUGGGCCGACAAACAUUGCUCCCAUCAUCCAGAAGGUGGCAAAAUCGGCAUCAGAGGAAACCAAUACCAAGGAGGCCUCGCAAUAUUUCAUCUUGCUGAUUCUGACGGAUGGCGUCAUCACAGACAUGGCUGACACCAGAGAGGCCAUUGUCCAUGCCUCUCACCUUCCCAUGUCAGUCAUCAUCGUCGGGGUGGGGAACGCCGAUUUUAGUGACAUGCAGAUGCUGGAUGGCGAUGAUGGGAUCCUGAGGUCUCCCAAGGGCGAGCCUGUGCUUCGAGACAUUGUCCAGUUUGUGCCAUUUAGGAACUUCAAACAUGCAUCCCCAGCUGCUCUAGCAAAAAGCGUUUUGGCUGAAGUUCCAAACCAAGUCGUGGACUAUUACAAUGGCAAAGGGAUAAAACCAAAAUGUAUGUCAGAGUACGAGUCUUCCAGGACACUAGCUCCAUGAACCUGCCUGCACUCUUUUACAAAAUUAAGAAAGAAAAAUGCUACUGUCUACAGCUACUGUACUUAAAAAUGAAACAAAAAAAUAGCACGUUUUGGUGAUUUUUAACUAAAAUAACCAUUUUUUUUGCAUGUGUAGCCUGAAGGCUUAAAUCUGUUAAACGGUUGUAUUGUUGAAAACUUUUUAUGAGAAAAAAACAUCCAGGAAAAAAAAAAGUAAACUCUUUACAUUACAGCAUGUCGCCUUGAAAUAAAAAGUUAUCUGUAUCUGUUUUUUAUACAGGUUUGUUGAAAUUUUGCUAAAUUUCUUAUCUUUACACUGUAAAGCAUUUUGAAAUAUUUACUGAGAGUCGAUAGCCAAAAUGUCUUUGGUUUAAUCUGCUACGAACUGAGAGAUUUUUCAAAAUGGCAGAUGCAUGAACUGUAUUUUGCAUGUUUAAAAUAAAAACAACACAGUU